GCUUUCGGCAAGAACAAACCACCACCGCGGGCACCAUGGACGAAGACAAGAGCGAGAAAAAUGAAAAAACCGAAGACGAGAUCACCCUCAAGCCCAAGAUGACCCUGGUCAACGGGAUCACGGUCAUCGUUGGAAGUAUUAUCGGAUCUGGGAUUUUUGUUUCUCCUUCCGGAGUUUUGAAGCACACCGGUAGUGUUAAUGUUUCCCUCGUGGUUUGGACCGUUUCCGGAAUAUUUUCUAUGGUUGGUGCUUAUUGCUAUGCAGAACUAGGCACCAUGAUAAGAAAAAGUGGCGCCGACUACGCCUAUAUCAUGGAGACAUUCGGGCCCUUCGUCGCCUUCAUCCGGCUCUGGAUUGAGUGCAUGAUAGUCCGGCCCUGCUCGCAGGCCAUCGUUGCUCUUACCUUCAGCCAAUACGUGAUGAAACCGUUUUUUCCUGAAUGUGAACCCCCAGAUGACGCGGCCAGACUGCUUGCUGUCUGGUGCAUAUGUGUUUUAACUUUUGUAAACUGCUAUGAUGUAAAAUUGGCAACAUGGGUCCAAGACGUUUUUACCUACGCCAAAUUAUUGGCAUUAUUUAUCAUCAUUGGAGCUGGAAUUUACCAACUAGGACAGGGUCACACGGAGCACUUUUCAUUCAUCAACACAAAGAGUGAAGUUACAUCUCUGGCUUUAUCAUUCUAUUCCGGCCUGUUCGCCUACAAUGGCUGGAAUUACCUAAACUUUAUCAUUGAGGAACUGAAAGAUCCCGUAAGAAAUUUGCCAUUGGCCAUCGCAAUAUCCUGCACUCUGGUCACAAUAGUCUACGUCCUUACAAACGUGGCAUUUUACACCACCCUUUCGCCAGUUGAAAUUUUGGGAUCCAAGGCCGUUGCCGUAACGUUCGCCAACAGGUUGUUUGGCCCAUUUGCCUGGGUCAUUCCUGUUUUCGUUGCUUUAUCCACGUUUGGCGCAGUCAAUGGAAUCCUACUCACAUCUUCUAGAUUGUUUUAUUCUGGAGCUUUAAAUGGACAAAUGCCCGAAUUGUUGACCAUGAUACAAGCUCAGAGAUUGACGCCUGCACCUUCGGUAUUAGCAAUGGCCUUCCUCUCCAUGUUAUACCUAACAGUAUCUGAUAUUGAUGCAUUAAUAAACUACGUUGGAUUUGCCACUUGGUUAAGUAUAGGAGUUGCUGUGUUCUGCCUUCCGUGGCUCAGAUGGAAACAACCAGACCUGGAAAGACCCAUCAGGGUCAACCUAUUCUGGCCCAUCCUUUACUUACUUUGCACCGUCUUCGUGACCGUCGUACCAAUGGUGGCCAGUCCAGUUGAAACCGGAUUCGGCUUCCUUAUGAUCCUCUCCUCGAUCCCAGUCUACUUCGCGUUUAUCCACUGGAAAAAUAAACCCCAAUGGUUUGUCAAAGGCCUCAACGACGUCACGACGUUCCUGCAAAAGCUACUAAUGGUUGUUGGAAAAGCAAAAACUGCGAAAUUAUAAACAUAUCCGCAAAGGUUUGGAAUUGUCACUGCCUAUUGUAAAAGGAAGUUGUAUAAAGUUUAAACAUUUUUAACCAAAGAGCCUCAUUUUUAAGUAUGUGUAUAGGUGUACAGAAAUGAGAGAGGGUAGUUUUCUUUUACAAUAGUUAUGUCUAAGCCUACAUCGACAAUAAUUGUUUGUAUGCAUUAUUUAUCCAAUGUAUGUUUAAAAAAUAAAGAAUAUUAAAAAAAU